GGAAGGAGUUCGUACUGAGAACAGAUCAUGGUUCCUUACGCUGGCUGUUUAAUUUUAAAGACCCAGAAGGUCAGGUUGCUCGCUGGUUGGAGUAUUUGGCUUCAUUCCGGUUUAAGAUUAUGCAUAGGCCAGGUGAGAAGCAUGUAAAUGCGGACAGUUUAAGUAGAUAUCCCCUGGAGGAGGGUGAAGAGCAUGAACAUUCCAUUAGUGAACCAAUAAGUGACAUUCAAGAAUCAAUUAUAGAGGAUCUGAGUACCCAGGUGGAAGCUGAGGAAUGCACUCGUACAUGUAGUUUAGCUAGCCCUGAGUCUGAGUUUUGUCGUGUUUUGAGAAUAGAUGUUGAUGCUCCUGCAGGUAUAGUGGAGGCGCAGAAAGCUGAUGGUGACCUAAAGACUGUUCGGAAGUGGUUGGAAGCUGGAGAACGUCCGCCGAAAUCGAAGUUGCUCCAGUUCUCAUUCGCCCUUCGUCGUUGGUGGUCGGUGUUUGGUCAGUUAGAACUGAAGAAUGAUUUGGUUUACUACAGAUGGGAGUCAAUGAGAGAGAACAGUAGUGAACUUCGUGUAGUGGUUCCUGAUAGUAUGAAAUUAGAAAUUUUCCGAUUGGGACACUCUGAUAACACAGCUGGUCAUUUUGGGGUGCAUAAAACCCUAAGGCGUAUACGUCAGACUUUCUAUUUUACAGGCUUGGAUGCGUUUGUGAAGGAGCAGAUCAAGAAGUGCAGGACAUGUGAGCGGCGUCGUAGUCCGAUACCUCAUAGGCGAGCACCUCUUCAGGACAUGUUGGUUUGCAGACCGCUUGAUAGGAUUGGAAUGGACAUCGUUGGACCGUUUCCGGCUGGUAAAGAUUACAAUCGCGUGAUUUUGGUCGUCCAGGACUAUCUGACAAACGUCCAGGAGUCCACUGGUUUCACGCCUGCACGGUUGAUGUUGGGACGAGAGAUGGUGACGCCGUUGUCGUUCGUUGCUGGUAGACCACCUGGUGAGCCGUGUGAUGACGUUGGUACUUACGCAGAGGAUGUUGAGCAGAGAAUGAGGUCGGCUUUUGACAUGGUUGAGGAGAGUUUGGGUGCCGCACACAAGAGACAGAAAGUGGUGUACGAUUCGAGGAAGCAUGGGAAAAAGUUCGAGUUAGGAGAUCGUGUUUGGUUGCAUUCGCCGGCGGUCAAGCGUGGAUUGAGUCGGAAGUUGCAUAAGCCGUGGACUGGACCAUUCGUGAUAGUGAAAGUGCUAUCAGACGUGAAUUUUAAGAUUCAGCUGGAGGGCGGACGCAAAUCGUACGUAGUGCAUUUCAAUAGGCUAAAACCGUGUUACUCAGAUCAAGUGGCGCCUGAGCAGUUGUCUCAGUCAAAUACUGAGCAAGCGGCUGCUGCUGUUGAACCGCGUGAUGUGACUGUGACUGUUCCAGAAUCUGGGAGAGAUGUACCAGGAGAAGUGGAGUGGCAGGAUGAUGCGAUAGACUUUGACCCGGAGGAUGUGGAAGUGGAAACCGAGCCUGUGGUUGUUGUGCCUGCGGUCUCGCCAAUCCGUACUAGGAGGGGUCGGAAAAUAGAACUGCCAUUUCGAUUUCGAAAUGAUUUUGUAAUGAGAUGCAGAAAUUUCAGCCUUUCCAGGGUCAACCUUGAAGGGACGUGAUGGAAUCAUAGUAAUUUAGAUAAUUUCUGUCAUUUUCCAGGUUUAGGAGAUGAGAUGGGAAACUGAAGAGCAUAUAGUAAUUUUUCUGCUUGUUUUCCAGAUGUGUCGUGAUGUUUGGUGACUUUGUAUUUGAACAUGUUUUGAUAUUUUGUGCAUUUUUGAUGUCAUGAGGGCAUGACAUUUUUAGAGGGAGGGGGGUAGUUGUAACGGAAGUCGUUAUGGGCCUUGCAUGGUUAAUGGUUAUGUCAUAAUUUUGACCUGGUUUGCUUGGGCCUAUAAUUUGGUAAUCUCCUGAGGUAUUUUCAAGUGAUGAUCGUUGGUCUCCUUUGUGUUCUGGGCUAAUGAUUUUAGCUUCUUUUGUGUGGCUUACUUUGUAAUAGGGUUGGUGAAUUCUGGCUGUUACGGCAGGCAUUGGUUCGUUGAGAUGAGGUAAUCUUUCUGUAUAAAACUGGGCCCUAGCUUUGAUCAGUGUCCAUCCCUAGCGCGCUUGCUACCAGACGGGUAGACCUUUUCUUUCUGUGAUUUUGCUUGGUUCCUAUGGCUGAGUAGAGCCUACAUUUUUGUCUCAUCUCUCUGAACCGCUGCAUGGUGUGACACGCCCAAUCUUCACCAUGUAUGUCAUGUACAUGGGAACGUUUGCUGACUUUUGGCUUUUCUUGUGAGUAUAAACCCUCAAAUUCCGAGUUCCGUAUUUCUGCCAUGUGACCUAUAAUUUUACCCCCUUCGUGUGCCUCUAGGGCUGGGUUUGUCAAUAUCCUGUUAUGGCCAGACUGACCGGGUUUUCCUGAGGUUUCUUUUAGUUUGUUUGAGUUGGAACUUUGUGUGAAGAAGCUGGGCAAAGUUGCCCACAAUUCCUGUCCGACAUGUCAUGAUCAUGUCACUUGUUUUAUACUGGAUUGUGAUAGUGUUUAAUCUUGUUCUGACUUCCCUGCUUGGCAUAGGUUUUGAGUUACAUAAUCAGAAAGUGAUUCCAGGUGAUACAAGUUCUGGGGAAUCUUAGUUCGGAGUGUUCCAUGUCUUGGUUGGUGAACUGUUUUGGGCCACCCUGUAUAGAUUUACAUUGGCUUUGGUUCAUCUGACUGGUACUUUGAUUAAUAGGUGAUUUCUCCUCCAAUUAGAUGUCGUUUUGACAGGGGAAUUUAGGCUUCUGGGUUGUUGGUAGAACAAGUGUGGUGAGAAGGAAUUUGGGUAACCUGGGGUCAUAUCUGGUUGGCCAUGCAGUUUAUUGGGUUGGAUGAAUGUGAAGUGAAAUCUGGAAUCUAGUUUGUUCAUAAUAAACAUAUUUUGGGUAUAUUCUAGCGCUUAUAAUUUAUCGGUCAAUGCACACCCCCACAAACUCUGGUUCUCGUCAACGCUGGUGA